AUGGACCAAAAUAUAAAAGAAAUAUCUUUACCAUCAACAUCAUUUGUUGAAAAUUAUUUUUAUUAUCCAAAUGGAGAAUUUAAACAUCCAGAUGAUAUUAAUCAAUUAAUUGAAUAUGUUUAUAAUUAUCAAUUAUCAAUUAUAUCUUAUGGCUCAUUAUGGUUCGAUUGGGUUAUGAAUGAUGAUCCACUUAGAUCUUUUGCUGAUCCAGUAAAACUUCGUUUUGGUUCACGACGUGAAGAUUGUCCAUCAUUAUAUAGAUAUAUGAAAGAAUAUACACGUUUAAUAGCCAAAACAUUUCAUGGUUCUCGUCUUGAUCAUUAUCAUUCAACACCAUUAUGAAGAUCAAUUGAAGAUACAAUAACACGUUCAGUAUGUGUUUCUAUGGCUUAUUGUUCAACUGGUUCAAAUCGAGGUUAUGAUGAAUUAAUUCCACAUUAUAUUGAUGUUGUUCAUGAAACAAGAUUUUAUUCUCGAUGA